CCUCCACAUGAACCGCUCUGUUGUCGCUCACUCUCUUUCUCUCUUUCUCUUUCCCUCUCGCUCUGUCACACAUGGACUAAAAGUUAGACAAACUGGGGAGAGGCGUGGAUGGUUGUUUACCUGCUUCCAUCAGCCACUGCAGAGGGACAGUGAAAAGGGGACCCAGAAGCUGUGGGUUGUCAUGGACACCUUUUUCCGCCGGCACUUUAGACUGAAAGGGGCUGGGCAAUCCCGACACAGACGGCCUGGCGUGGCAGUGCCCACAAGCAAGGCUCGCCGGCGCUCCAGUGUAGGACUGCCCUCUGCUGGCCUGGUCCAACGUAGACGCUCUAGUGUGGGACUGCCAUUCACAGGUCCUGUCGGACACAGAAGAUCCAGUGUAGGCCUGUCGCCGACGGCUCAAGCCCAACGAAGACACUCCAGUGUUGGCCUGCCGUCAGGUUAUGUGGGCCGUAGAUUCUCCAGUGUGGGCUUGGCCUGCGCUGCUCACCAACAACGCAGGCACUCCAGCGAGGUGCAGGGGGUGCACUGUUGUUAUGGAGGCGGGAAGCUAGUGAGGACCAGAUACUACACCAGGCGUCGUUCUAGCACCACCGUGGCCUGUGUCAACCCCCGCUUCUCUGUCCGCCGCCGGCAAGCCGGCAAGCUCCGAACCAUCGACACCCACCUGCUGGGGCCCUCCAUGCUGCUGGCCAGCCUGGUCCAGAUGAGUGAGGAGCAGCAGAAGGGGGCACCAGAGGCGCAGGGUGGUGAGGGGGCGUCAGGAGAGGACACUGAGAGCUGCCCCUCCUCGUGCUGCUCUGAGUCAGAGGGGGACAGCUGCAGUCAGAGAGAGUGUAGCACCAGGUCAGAGGGCAGCGGGAGUGAACGAGAGGGGACUGCGGCAUCAUCAUCAUCACAUCCAGAGGGAGAGAGGACGUGGGAGGACUGGAAUCAGGCUCAUAGUAUGGCAGCCUUAACGAUGGAGAACAUCCAGCCCCGGCCCCUGAGCCGCGCCCUGCGCUGCCUGCGCCGUAACUCCUCCCAGCUGCUGCCGGCAGAGGCGGUGCACCGUAGCAGGGCUGUCUACGGUGUGCACGGGCGUUAUCGACACUCCAGCCAGUUACGUAGGCCUUCCACCAUCUCCAACAGCGCCUGGCCAGGCAGGCUAGUCCACCCGCCCAGCCGCAGGAGCUCUAUAGUGGCCUGCCACUCCUCCCGUUCCCUAUAUAGGAACUGUUCCGCCUGCUGGAAACCCAGAGGCCGCAGGGAGUCCCUCAGCCCCCUGCAUGGCAUCUACUAUGACCCCCGCCUGGAGACUUGGAGUGGGUUCGUCUCGAAGGCCAUCGCUAAAUCGGGUCUACAGCACCUGUCUGCCCAGCCCAGUGCCUCAGCCCUGGCCAAGUUUGACCCAGACAGGGAGAUCCGGAGCAGCUGUGACUGGACCGAGAACGCCCUGUAUGGGGAGCACAUCUGGUUUGAGACCAAUGUCUCUGGGGACUUCUGUUACGUCGGAGAGCAGCACUGCUUCGCCAAGACACUGCAAAAAUCUGUAGCCCGGAAAAAGUGUGCAGCCUGCAAGAUAGUGGUUCACACAAUCUGCAUAGAGCAGUUAGAAAAGUUAUUCGACACCAAGGCUAUUCCAAAUGAAGCCAGCCUGCUUAUCGAAGACCCCAACUUUAGAAUCAACUUUAGGUGUAAACCGUCAUUCAGGGAAUCGGGGUCUAGGAAUAUACGAGAGCCAGUCCUCCAAAGACAAGGCGCUCUAAAGUGCCACAGGCGGAUGGCUAACUGCAUGGCCACCCCUUUCCUGAGCCAGUCCCAGCCCACCGUAGUGCGGCACCAUUGGGUCCACCGGAGGCGCCAGGAUGGGAAGUGUCGGCAGUGUGGGAAGGGUUUCCAGCAGAAGUUUGCCUUUCAUAGCAAAGAGAUUGUGGCCAUCAGCUGUUCGUGGUGUAAACAGGCAGUAAGUUGGAAGUAUCACAACAAGGUGUCCUGCUUCAUGCUGCAGCAGAUCGAGGAGCCCUGCUCCCUGGGUGCCCAUGCCUCUGUGAUCGUACCCUCUACCUGGAUCCUCCGGGUCCGAAGACCUCAGACCUCACUAAAGUCGAGUAAAAAGAAAAAACGGACCUCGUUUAAGCGCAAGUCCAGCAAAAAGGGAGUAGAGGAGGCGCGCUGGAAGCCCUUCAUAGUUAGACCCAUUCCCUCUCAGCUCAUGAAGCCGCUGUUGGUGUUUGUCAACCCGAAGAGUGGGGGAAAUCAGGGAGCCAAGAUUAUCCAGUCGUUCAUGUGGUACCUGAACCCCCGCCAAGUAUUCGACCUGAGUCUGGGAGGACCCAAGGAUGGGUUAGAAAUGUACCGUAAGGUGCAUAACCUGAGGAUACUGGCAUGUGGAGGUGAUGGCACGGUGGGCUGGAUCCUGUCUGCUCUGGACCAGCUCCAGUUGAACCCCCAGCCUGCAGUAGCCAUCCUGCCUCUGGGGACAGGCAACGACCUGGCCAGGACCCUCAACUGGGGUGGUGGUUACACAGAUGAGCCGGUGUCUAAGAUCCUGUCUCAUGUAGAGGAUGGGAACAUCGUCCAGCUCGACCGGUGGAAUCUAGUAGUGGAGCCCAACCAGGAUGCUGGUGCAGAGGAGAGGGAUGAGCAGCAGACCGACAAGCUCCCCCUCGACGUCUUCAACAACUACUUCAGCCUCGGCUUCGACGCACACGUGACACUAGAAUUCCACGAGUCUCGAGAGGCCAACCCUGAGAAAUUCAACAGCCGCUUUCGGAACAAGAUGUUCUAUGCAGGGACAGCCUUCUCAGACUUCCUCAUGGGCAGCUCCAAAGACCUAGCCAAACACAUCAAGGUCGUGUGCGACGGCACCGACCUCACCUCAAAGGUUCAGGAUCUGAAGCUGCAGUGUUUGGUGUUCCUCAACAUUCCCAGAUACUGUGCUGGUACCAUGCCAUGGGGAAACCCAAGCGAGCACCAUGACUUUGAGCCACAACGGCACGACGACGGCUGCAUUGAAGUUAUCGGCUUCACCAUGACCUCUCUGGCAGCACUGCAGGUUGGAGGUCAUGGUGAGCGGCUGAACCAGUGCAGAGAGGUGACGCUCACCACCUACAAGUCCAUCCCCAUGCAGGUAGAUGGGGAGCCGUGCAAGCUAGCCCCUUCCACCAUCCGGAUCUCCCUGAGGAACCAAGCCAACAUGGUGCAGAAGGCCAAGAGGAAGACCUCUAUACCGCAGCUCAACGACCAGCAGCCCUUCCCGGAGAGAUUAAGGAUCCGGGUGAACCGUAUUAGCAUGCACGACUAUGAGGCCCUGCAUUACGACAAGGAGAAACUUAAAGAAGCCUCUAUCCCGCUGGGCCUCAUCGUUGUCCCGGGAGACAGUGACCUGGAAACAUGUCGCUCCCACAUUGAGAGGCUCCAAGAGGACUUCGUCUCCAUUCAUCCCUCCUUCAAACGACUGGUGCUCCAGGAGGAUGAGGGAGCUAAGUCAAAGACCCUUUCCUCGCAGAAGCUUUCGCCAAAGUGGUGCUUCUUGGACUCCACAACUGCAGAUCGAUUUUACAGAAUUGAUCGUGCUCAGGAACACCUAAACUAUGUGACCGAGAUAUCCCAAGACGAGCUCUUCAUUCUGGACCCUGAGAUGGUCGUCACGGAGACGGUGAGCACCUCACCAGGGAUGCCUGAUCUGGUGGAUUCAUCUGGUGAAUUCCCGGAGGCGUCUCCCAAGUUUGGAUUCCAGUCCUCCUCCUCUUCUCCCCCCUCACCGGGACCCAGGAUCAUGGAGCUUCAGAAGACCACUCAGAGGAAGCGAAUAUCCAGCGACAGCUCGGUGGUGGAGGCACUGGCACACAACGACUCUCUCAGGUCCAGUAAGCCUGCCCUCACCAGGGCCGGAUGUAUCCAUCGGUCUAACACUACUGCAGCUGAGAUCAACCCAACAUUGAGGUCGGAGAAGAAUUCACUGUGCAAUACAGACAAAGUAUCACCAGAAGUGUUGAUUGAAUGUGUGAAGAGCAAGGACCAUCUGAAGCUGAAGGAGCUGCACAAACUGGGAGCCGACCUGUCACUGCAGGACCCCUCAGGAUGCACCCUGCUCCACUAUGCUGUGGACACUGGUAGCAAGGACACUGUCAAAUACAUCCUGGACAAUGCACCCACAGAUAUCCUGGAUGUAACAGAAAAAGAAAAUGGGGAGACAGUGUUGCACAAAGCAGCGUCACUGUGUCAGAGGACUAUCUGUCACUACCUGGUAGAGGCAGGGGCAUCCCUCAUGAAGACCGACUUACAGGGUGACACACCAAAGCAUCGUGCAGAGAAGGCCAAGGAUGCAGAGCUGGCAGCCUACCUGGAGAACCGGCAGCACUACCAGAUGAUCCAGAGAGAGGACCAGGAGACAGCCGUGUGACUCUGCUCCCUGACCUCCAGCACCACUUCCCUAUCACCUAACCCCGUGCCAAACCUACUUUAGCUAAAAAAGGAAACUCACCAGAGAAGACGGUCAAAAGGGAGCCAGUGUUGUAUUCUCCUGCUAGGGAGUUGGUUGGAGUUCUACCAGAUGAGAGAUUCGUCAGGUCCACCAUGUGAGAUGCUUGUGACCAGUGGACUUGAUUAUUGCACUGCCCCCCCCCCCCCCCCCCCAAAAAAAAGCGUAUGUUUUGUGUCGGAACACUUGGAAGAGAUGGUUCUUCUGUUUCAUUUUUCCCCCCAGGUUGUGUUGCACUUGCAAUCCACCUAGACUGAAUGUUGAAAUGGUUAUGUAGAGAAUUGUGCUCCCAGGUUUUAGGACAGAAGCUUGGGUAAUUGACUGCCUUGGUAAUUGUAUUAUUAUACACUCCGAUGGAGCUGUAUCUCUCUGUGUCUAUAAAAGCAGCGUGAGCGUUUCAACCGUACGGAUCACAAUGACUCAGUGGAUUUCAAAAGGGUAUUAACACUCUGAUCCCUAGACCAGCUGUCUUUAAGGCUACCAAAAAAUGUCAUUAUUUUGAUGACGGUUUUAUUUGUUUAUAGUACUGCUGUUGAUUUUUUUAGUUUGAUUGAUUGAUUGAUUUGUCCACCCAUAAUGCAGUGUAAUGGGACAAAACGAUCCACGAAAGUGGGGAAUUUUUUACGUAACACUUCUCAUCACCAAACGAUUUGAAUUGAAUAGAUCAAUAUUGUUCUACCUUAUGGUCACUUGGCAAAUGUUUAUUUUAUUUGUUAGUGUUAAUAAGGAUAUUUGGUACUGUACACUUGUCGUAGUAGCUCUGUGUUAAUGCAGUGUAUGCACCUCAGCUCCAAUUGCCUUGAUUUUCUUAUUUUUUUGGCUGAUUCGUUUGUAUUUAAUGUACUUAUGUCAUGGUGUAUUUUUAUAGCAUUUUUAAGCAGAUUGAUGUUUAUAUAAUUUGUACAUAUUAUAAAUGUAACAUUUUUGUGUUUGGUCAUUACUUACUAUAAAAUGUGCAUUUUCUAUGUAUUUGUUUCAGAACUACAAAGCAUUUCUUCUCUCAUGUUGUUACAGAAGUCAAAGGCGUAUUUAUUCACCUCAACAUUUUUUUUACCGAUUAUGUUCAGCGAACUCAAAAAAAAUUCAGAUGGUUUGGGUUGUAAAAUUUACAAGGUGUUUGUUGUUGUUUUUUACAUUAAAAAUAAUUAUUAUAAUUUGUCUUCAUAAUAACCAUCAAUUUGAGGUUGCUAUUUAUUUUCCAUAGUUAUAAUCUCUGUUAAAAUAUGGCUGGUCAUUUAAAACAGAACUAUAAUCAAAUUUAAGUUAUAAAGACCUGUGAUGGUGUUCAUGUUACAUUUGCAUAGAGAGCUAGGGGAAGGAAUUGGUCUCAUUCCAAAAGCCAUCCUUCUGUAUAACUAGUUAACUAGUUUAAUGUAGAGCCACAGUAACUGUGGAUCUACUGUAUUCUGUCAGAUUGAAAUGAGUUGUUUCUCUGGAUGUUUUCUUUAAAUUAUUUAAUCGCUAAACAUACUUAUAAAACAUACUUGUAAACACAUUAACAAGGUUUCAUAUGCACAUUUUUGCUUGAUUCUGUUUGUUGUCAAAAGUUUCUAGUUUUGACCUUUGAAACAAUCUAUCAUGCAAACUAAGAUGCAUUUCAUUGUAAAUCAUUGCUGUUCUCUAUUAUGGCUAGAUACAUUUCUUAAUGUAUGACUGAAUCAGUUUCUGUGAUAGGAAAUAUGUUGUCAGUAAAAGUCCUCUCGUGUUUCUAAUUCCAGACUGACGAUAACAACAUAUUUUUUAUUUGAUGAUGAAAAGUAAAUGAACUGUGUAGUUCUACAUCAGUUAUUACGCCUCGUACAUAAUCAUAUGUUCUCACAGUUUAUUUUUUUUUGGGGGGGUACACUUUUUUUUUUAAUUGAAUUUUUAACAAUAGAAAACAUCCACAUACAAACGACAACACACAGACGCACACAAACAUCCACAACAUCACCCCUGCCUAGACCCACCUGCUCACACCCCCCCAUCUCCAGCGACCGCAUCACUCUCCGCCACACAGCCUCAAAGUGCACCAUUUCGUUUCAUGGUCACACUGGUUGUCAGCAUUUUCAUUUUCAAUAAUGAAGACAGUAGGCCCCCCAUUUAGAUGACUUCACUAUAAUUGAAAUAUCAUGUUAGCCUUGAGGCUGAGAAGAUUGGAUAUCAUCAUUUGAGGCAUUUAUGAUUAUACUGCAUACUGAAAGAGGUGCAUGUUUGAUCAGGUUAUGUAAAAUAUAUCCUCUUGUUCAGAGACUGACAUGGAUUUAUAUCAUUUGGAUGUAUAUUAACAUCAGGUUUUUAUUGAAGCCUUUUCUACCUGCACUAUUUUGUAUGUUUCAUGUAUUUGAGGAUCUGGACCAAGUUAAACAACUGUAGUUCACUGCGAUCUUGGAAAGUACACCGUGGAAUCAUUAUAAUAGUGUUUUUCCCAACUUACAGUAUAUAUUUGUCCAUUUCCAAUGGACAAAACAGCAUUAGGAUAUUCACAUUUACCAGAGGUUUUCUAAAUCCGUCUCCAGUCUCAUACCAUUGGGGAUUCUGAUUAUGUAGUACGCACAGUGCGUGUUGUUGUUGAUUGACAGACUUUUAUGGAGGCCUUGCAUGAUCUUUCCUCGAAGAGAUGAUUUGUGCCACCAAACACAAAAAAAGACAUUAUUGUAAAUGUCGUCUUUAUUUUACUUUUGUAUUCUUUUUUUCCUUUUUCUUUUUACUUAUACAGGUAAGUCGGUUAAGAUUUUUUAUUUAUUUAAAAUGACGACUUGUCAACAAUAUUGAAUCAAUUAUGAAAUGGUCACGUCAGAUUUCUAAUGAACAUAUACAGUGCUUUCGCAAAGUAUUCAGACCCCUUGACUUUUUCCACAUUUUGUUACGUUAUGGCCUUAUUCUAAAAUGGGUUAAACUGUAUUUUUCCCUCAUCAAUCUCCACACAGUACCCCAUAAUGUCAAAGCAAAAACAGGUGUUAAGACAUUUUGCCAAUAUAUUACAAAUAAAAAACUGAAAUAUCACAUUUACAUAAGUAUUCAGACCCUUUACUCAGUACUUUGUUGAAGCACCUUUGGCAGCGAUUACAGCCUCAAGUCUUAUUGGGUAUGACGCUACAAGCUUGGCACACCUGUAUUUGGGGAGUUUCUCCCAUUCUUCUCUGCAGAUCCUCUCAAGCUCUGUCACUUUGGAUGGGGAAUGUCGCUGCACAGCUGUUUUCAGGUCUCUCCAGAGAUGUUAGAUCGGGUUCAAGUCUUGACUCUGGUUCGGCCACUCAAGGACAUUUAAAGACUGAGUGUCCCAAGCCACUCCUGAGAUGUCUUGGCUGUGUACUUAGGAUCGUUGUCCUGUUGGAAUGUGAACCUUCGCCCCAGUCUGAGGUCCUGAGCACUCUGGAGCAGGUUUUCAUCAAGGAUCUCUCUGUACUUUGUUCCGUUCAUCUUUCCCUCAAUCCUGAUUAGUCUCCUAGUCCCUGCUGCUGAAAAACAUCCCCACAGCAUGAUGCUGCCACCACCAUGCCUCACUGUAGGGAUGGUUCCAGGUUUCCUCCAGACGUGAUGCUUGGUAUUCAGGCCAAAGAGUUCAAUCUUGGUUUCAUCAGAACUGAAAAUCUUGUUUCUCAUGGUCUGAGUCCUUUUGGUGCCUUUUGGAAAACUCCAAGUGGGCUGUCAUGUGCCUUUUACUGGGGGGUGGCUUCCGUCUGGCCACUCUACCAUAAAGGCCUGAUUGGUGGAGUGCUGCAGAGAUGGUUGUUCUUCUGGAAAGUUCUCCCAUCUCCACAGAGGAACUCUGGAGCUAUGUCAGAGUGACCAUUGGGUUCUUAGUCACCUCCCUGACCAAGACCAGCUAUAGGAAGAAUCUUGGUGGUUCCAAACUUCUUCCAUUUAAGAAUGAUGGAAGCCACUGUGUCCUGGGGAACUUCAAUGCUGAAAAAAUUGUGCUUCAACACAAUCUUUUCUCGGAGCUCAACGGACAAUUCAUUCGACCCCAUGGCUUGCUCUGACAUGCACUGUGGGACCUUAUAUAGACAGGUGUGCGCCUUUCCAAAUCAUGUCCAAUCAAUUGAAUUUACCACAGCUGGUCUCCAAUCAAGUUUGUAGGAACAUCUCAUGGAUGAUCAAUGGAAACAGGAUGCACCUGAGCUCAAUUUUGAGUCUCAUAGCAAAUGGUCUGAAUACUUAUGGAAAUAAGGUAUUCUUUUUUUUACAUCUGCAAGAAUGAAAAAUGAAACGUUUUUGCUUUGUCAUUAUGGGGUAUUGUGUGUAGAUUUAUGAGAAAAAAAUUAUCGAUUUUAGAACAAGGCUGUAAUGUAACACAAUGUGGAAAAAGUCAAGGGGUCUGAUUACUUUCCCCAUGCACUGUAUGUCCAAACCUACCACUGGAAUUAAACAAGCCAAAAUGUACAGAGGAAAACGUUGCUCAAACAUUUUACAUUCUAAAAGUCAGAGACACUUGUUGAAUUAGUAAGAUUGCUCAUGAUUAAUCUUGACAUCACUAUGUAAGGGGCAAUGCAUUUAUUAAUAAUCAUGCCUCAUUUGAUAUCCUGGUGAAAGUUGCCUUGGAAACUAAAGACAGCAUCUCUCCACAGCAUCUUAUCUAUCGUCUAUGAUCUACCAGAUUGUAGCAGUAUUUUUUGGUGUUUAAGUUUCAUCAGAAAAUAUUUUGACAACAGCAGAGGAAAGGCAAAACGGAGCAUGUAGUACAAAGUUACCUCUUGAAAUUGAGUUGAAUAACCUCAGCCUUACAGUAGUAUGUUUUGUGCGCUUGUACUACAGUAUACAGAUUUGAAUCUGGCCCAGAGACUUGCUAUCACAUCCCAAGCUAUUUUUUGACAUGUUCAUCGCUCCAUAAUGAGUUUUACUGUUGUCGUGUAAUUUUCUGUACAUUAACUCAGCCAUUUCAACAUCUCACAUUGUCACCUUAGCUUUGCGUAGUGCCUUUACCCAUAGCUUACGUUGAACAGAAAAUACAAGGCUAUUAUUAUCAGACACUAUUUCCUGUCAUGAGCUCUAUCCUGUUAUGGUGUGCGCAAGUAAACACUUCCCAUAGGUGUUAUCACCAAAUAAUUGAUUUUCUAUUUGAAAUGACACAUUCCCCCAACAUGAUAUUUUAAAUGCUAAUCUAAAGAUGCGUUAUAGCCCCACGUUCCAUGUUGUCGACUACUGCAAAGAGCACCCUCUCCCAUCGUCAUUUCCGUAUGUCCCCUGAUUUUAAAAGUACUAUCUUCAGUAGAAAUCCACUGUCUUUGAAUUACAUACAAGUGGAAAGUGCUCUUUGGAAUGGCAGGAGCGUGGAACUACCAAUGCUAUAACUGCAUUAACGCAAAACUUUAUUAGUGUUCAGUUGCAUGAGUGCAAUGCAGGCAGGGCUUACAGUGACUGAAUGGGGUCAGACAAUUUAAAUGCCUCUUUUAUGACAUUUUUAAGGAAGCUGCAGUAGAACAAGGAAUGGUAGUUUAUGUAUAUUAUCUGUGGUUUGUUUUGAGUUGCUGUGCAAUUCAGGUGCGAGAGUAUCUAUCACAAUUAAAAUAAAUAAAUAGAGAGAACAUUUAAAUUACUGUGCAAUAUUGUGUUUUUUUCUUUAUUCAAAAAUAUGCCAUUUUUUUUACUUCAUAUAAAUAGUGACCAAAACGUGAUGGACAGACUGGUGUGCAAUGUUGACGAUAUCAAUCUGUAUAGUUGUUUCUAUUGGCUGAUUUUGUUUUUGUUUUGUUUUUUUGUUAUCUGCUUGGGGGAGAAAAAAUAAUAAAGGAUGGUACUUAAACAACUGUA